CGCUUCCAGUGAUUUGAACGCAACUAAAACUCAUAAUAACAAUAACGGUGUGAUCGCCGGCGGACCCACCGGUGGCCAGUCUUAUGGCACAAGUAUUAGGUAUACGACACAAGUGUCUGGUCUUCCGCGACCGCAAACGGCACACAUUGUCUCCACUUCUAGUCAGAGCGCAGACAACCAUAAGAUAAAAACUGUGAAUUAUAUGGAGAAUCGUCUCAAACACGGCAGUGAUAGCAAGACAUCAAACGCAAGAUGCGAUCCCAGUUUACGUCAAGUCAAGCCAUACUUCUAUGGCAUGAAUAACAACAAUAAGCCUUACGAGAGACCAAACGCGGCCCCGAAUAGUGGCAAUAAUUUCAAUUACAACCGAUUGCAGUAUUCAUCGCAACCCCCAAACCAAUGCAAACCGGUGUUCACUCCCAACAACUCUUAUACAACUCCCAACAGUCAACAUAUUAACCAAAAACCCAAACCAAUCGCGUCUAACGGUUCCCUGAAGUCGAAACUCGAUUUCGGAACACCUCUUAUGCCGAAAGCCAAUAGAGACGACUCUUCGGCCAAAGAGAUUAGAAACCCUUCGUUAGAGAAGAAUCAAAAUUAUAUCAAAAAUAGCGUCAAUUCUGAGACAAACGAUGGACUCGACUGUAACUCUAAUGAUAAUUCAUUUUUACCAAAAAGUAUUCAACGAAUGAGAGAAUUGACGCCACAUUUCGUCCGAAAAGACCCCAAAACUAGUAGUAAUAAAGACGUGAGAAGUGAACCGAAGAGUGAGGAACCGGCGCCGGAGCCUCGCGUCAAACGUGACAGUAUUAGUGGUGGUGUCGGCGCUAACAGCGAAGUAGACAACAGAGACUUUCUUAUAGACGACGAGAUCAGCGAUCAGCCGGAGCUCACACUCGGCUGUAAUAUCGAUAAAAAGGAUUUAAUGAAAACAUUGAAUUCAGAACUCGAGGGACUGAUUCUGAAACAGGAGUCGCCUUCCGGGCCGUCCUCUCCCAGUGUUUCGCUGUCGUCGUCGGCGUCGACAGUGAUUCCGAGCUCAACAACAUUUCGUAACCGAAAGCCCAGACCGUUAUCUCUGGUCGAGAUGGCCGACGGCUCCGUCGGGUUAGACUCGCCGUCGUUUCGGGCCGCGAGUCAAGACCUAAUUGGCAUUAAAACACUUCUCUUCAGACUUCACGGUUUGCUUCAAAAUGCCGAAACACUGAACCCGUUUGAACACAAUUACACUCAAAACAAGUUUUAUAAUCAGUUAACUAUUGCUGAAGACGACAACUUAAAGAGCAUCGAUUCCGAUGACUUAAGUAAAGAGAAUUUCGAUCUAAAACGACAAAUCGUUUUACAACAACAGAUCAUUGAAGAUAAAGACCGAACCAUUCGGUUAUUACAGCAACAAAUGGCGAAGUAUUCAAAUAUCAACAGCGCUUACAUUCCCCAAAACGUGAGCGUCGAGAAAGUGAACGCCAGCUGUCAGACCGACCGGUGCGCCAACGCCUCAAAUAUCAACCCGCGGGCCGUUUCCGACGGCUCUAACGGAAUGCUUGUCAGCUUUUGGAUCAGUAAAGUUCCGGCCUUUGCUUAAAAUAUAUAUAUUAUAAUCACUUUUCAUAUACUUAUAAAUAACUUAUUUAUUUAUAAUGAAGUUUACUCUUCUCUUCUUCAUAAGAAGUUCUUAUACUCUGCAUAAAACUAAUAUUUCUAUUCUCAAUGAUAUUAACAUAUAAUAUAUUCACUAUUAAUAACACCUCUCACUCAUAGACACUAUAUUUUUGGUCAACAUUUUCAAACAUGAUAUCAAAUGCUCACUAAACGAGUAAUUUUAAUCACUUUAAUGUUGAUUGUAUUCUAAAACAGAUAUUAUUUUUGCAUUUCGUAUAGCUUUUGCUGUUCCCAUAUCUCCGAUACAAACACAUGAAACACAGGGUUUCACUUAAACAAUGGGUAUUUAGGACCAGCUAUUGGACAGUGAUUUUAAACAAAAAUUAAAAGUGAUAUUUAAAGCACAGAUCAUAAAACAGCAAAUUGUGAUCAAUUCAUUCGUUUCGUGUUUUAGUGACUUUCGUUUAAUAUAUAAAUAUAUGAGUUUCUAGAGCUUCGUUCGCCACAAAACCCCCACUACUAAAAACACUGUGUUUUUAUCUACUAUUUUAUUGUAUUAAACGAUUAAUUUAUUAACCAUAUUAUUAUUAAUAUUUUAUAAAAACCAAAAAUUUUAGUUUUUAAACAAGAUUAAAAACAAAUGUAAAAGUAGUGCUC